CGUGUCACGUGAACAGUGUCAGACUCCGCACGUGUUUCCCUCCGGAUAGAAACGACCAAACGAAACAGAUCAAAGACGAACAAGUUCGGAAAUCAGCCAAUCAGCGCGCUCCGUCUGGGGUCGCGCAUCGGUUUGGGGUUGGAGCGUCUCCUCCGGCCACGCGCUCCUCUCAUCGAUCUUACCCACGAUCCACACGUGUGAGCGCGCAUGUGUGUGUGCGUGUGUGUGUGCGUGUUGAUUUUGACUCUGAGUCGUCGCAGCUGAGCAGUGAAAUCAUCUCUGAGCUCGAUUCUCCUCCCGGAUCCAAGCAGGAGCGAGAGGGGGGGGGGGGAUUAAAAGAGAGGAAUUGAUGAGAGUUCAGUGAAAAGUGGAACUCGAGCUGCUCGAGGGACAAAACAACACACGAGUGACAUCUCCAUCUUUUUAUUAUUAUUAUUAUUAUUAUUAUGACCAUGGGAAUAAACAGCUGCUCUGAGUCCCGGAUGAAAGGAAUAACUCACCAGUAACACAUCAAAGGAGCCGGAUCGAUCCACGAGGCUGGUUGAGGAUUCGAACCCCCGGAGGCUGGAGACUGGAUUCUACUGGGAUCGAUCAUCGGAUUUGAUCGAUCACCUGCUGCCUCAGAGGGAGAAGAUGCCGUUCCCCCACGUGACGGCCGGCCUGCUCUACAAGGGGAACUACCUGAGCCGCUCGCUGUCGGACAGCGACAGCGACGUGAUGGCCAGCAUCUCCGUGGAGGAGCUCGAUGAGAUCCGGGAGGCGUUUAAGGUGCUGGACCGCGACGGGAACGGGUUCAUCUCCAAACAGGAGCUGGGCAUGGCCAUGCGCUCGCUGGGUUACAUGCCCAGCGAGGUGGAGCUGGCCAUCAUCAUGCAGAGACUAGACAUGGAUGGUGACGGACAAGUGGACUUCAACGAGUUCAUGACGAUCCUCGGACCCAAACUCCUGUCGUCUGAAACGAGAGAAGGUUUCCUGGGCAGCACAAUAGACACCAUCUUCUGGCAGUUCGACAUGCAGCAGAUCACCCUGGAGGAGCUGAAACACAUCCUGUUCUACGCCUUCCGCGACCACCUGACCAUGAAGGACAUCGAGAACAUCAUCAUUAACGAGGAGGAGAGUCUGAAGCAAAACUCCGGGAACUGUCAGACAGAGUAUGAGGGAGUUCACCCCGCGAAGAAGAACCGCCAGACGUGCGUGCGGAAGAGCCUCAUCUGCGCCUUCGCCAUGGCGUUCAUCAUCAGCGUCAUGCUCAUCGCAGCCAAUCAGAUGCUGAGGAACGGCAUGGAGUAGCCGUGCCCACUGUGAGCGGGGGGUGACGAGCCAGCCUGCAUGUGCAUGCCAGUGGGUGAGGUCACAUCCCCGCGGACAGGAACAGAACCACAUGGAGUGACACUCGAAAAUCCAUUUUCAAAAUUUACUUCUUGUUUUUUUUUCGACGUCCAAUGAAACUGUGAAGCCAGCAUGAGGAGUCAUGCAGGACUCCUCCCACUUUACUCUGACAGGGACACUCAAGGGCUGACAUCACACAUAACGUCCUCUCUGUUUCCCCGAUGCAAUAAAACAAAUGUACACAAAAGACGUCGAGUGCAGAAGUUCAGAGCUGCUUCUCUUUUCCAGCCAGAUGUGACGCGUGCAGAUGUGUCACCCGCCAGGAGUCUGACGAGCGACCGGCGCCGAGAGAGAGGGACAGUUGCCCUCUCAUUCUAGAAGAUGGCGGAGCUCGGCGCCACUCAAGCAGAAGGAUGCGUACAGCAUCAGGCCGCUGCUCCUGCGGUGCUACGAUACUUCAGCGCUGCAACUUUCUACUUUCAACUCCUGCCUCUUGGGGCUGGAGGAGGUGCUGGCCUCAGUUCAUCCGCCCGACAAACCAAAGCAGGCAACGAGUGAGAUGUUUAAAAAGGCGAAUCCAGGCUGGUGUUCCGGCCUCGUGGCGCCGGUGAAUGGAUGCAGCGGCUCUGAACGUGUGGUUGUGGAUCUUCUCUCUCCUGGAAACUUGUUUAGUUUAAAGACUUCAAAGUGUAAAAGAAGAGGUUUCUGUGUCUUUAUUAGUAACGGGAAAGAAAAUCCACCCUGCGAUGUUUUCACUGACGUUUACAUGGACACUAAUGUUCACACUAUCGACCUUAUUCUGAAUAAAUAAAUAAAAAUAUGGCAAUGUGGCAGAAUGCUGUGAAAACUCCACAAUAGGACGUUAUAUCAAGACAUAAACAUAAUCAGAAUAUUAUUAUAUGUCUAAAGUUGAUAUUUGCUUAUUUCCAAAAUGACCUUGUUCUGGUUCAGAUAAUCAGAACUUUACAUCUUUGUCUUAUUCAGACUAUUGUCUUUUAUCAGAUUGUUGGUGUCCAUGGAAACGCAGUCACUGAUGUAAUCUGUCUGUGUUGCUCAGUGCACACAAAGAUUUUAUUCAAGUUUUUUUGGUCCAUCCUCUUUGUCUCAGUCUGUCUCGUCUUCUUUUCCCUCACGUGGAGAUUUUCCUCCAUUUCCCCCAAAUGUCUCUGGACAUAAACAGACAAACAUAUCAGCUAAAGAGCAAAGAGCUUUCUCCACUCGACACAACCUGAAAUGCAGCGUUUACUCUAAACGCUGUGAAUAAGAAACGCGUGCGACUGUGAUUUCUUCUGAAUUCAUGACAGAUUUCUACCUACCGUCUAUAAAAAAACAGGAUAAAUGUUGUUUCUCCAUCAGCACCAGAGGAUUUUUACACAGUGAAGAUGUGUUUCAGGGUGGAUUUUCUGUUUCUGCAUGAAAUAUAUCUUAGUCUUGUGAUAAAUUUUGAUCCCCUUCAGAUUCCUCCAACUCAAAACUAGAGCUCAUCCUCAGCCGAGGCCCAUAAGACCCUUAGAUUCAAUCACUUUCAUCCAGCUGCAGCAUAUUCCACACACAUAGAUACCAGGCCUCUAAAUGCCUGAUUUCUUCCCUUCCACCAAGUUUAGUAUAAAUCUGUCCGGUUGUUUUUGUGUAAUCUUGGUAACAAACACACAAACUGUUUGGGGGGGGGGGGGUGAACACACAACCUCCUUGGCGGUGGUAAUAAGCUUAAUAUUUGAUUUCUGAUCUGUGCAUCAUUUGUUUCCCUUUAUGUUAGAUUGUCAUUUUAAAGUCAUUGUGCAAAAUGAAGCCACCUUAUCACAAAAUCCUUUAUCAGCUUUAUUUAUUAUUUAUCAAUUUAUCUGUACUUUUAAUAAUUUAAUCACUUUUUAAGCAAAAAAUUGCAUAUUUUUCUGUCAGUUGUGAAUAUUUGCAAGUUUUCAUCACAGACGAUAAGAAGAAGUCUACAUUAUACAUCAUAAGAGCUUUGAUGAAAAGUUGUAUUAAUAUAGAUGAAACACUGCAGCCUGAAGAAGAUCUGAGGAUGUAAAAGAUGAACCAAAUGUAACUUUAACGCUCACGAUAUUUAUUUUAUUUGAUCUUUGGAAGCUCCCUCCCUGUCCCGUGAUGUCACAUCACAGAUAAAGACGUCAAAUACUCACAUAUUCCAAAUACUUUUGCAGCAGAUUCUUGUUUCGGAGGUUUCUCACGGCACUGACUCGUCGGCUCUGAACUCCUGCACUGACCCUCAUCUCAACAUGUCAACCCGGCCGGGGUCGCAGAACACCCAUAUUAUCGAGUGCAUGCAAAACAAGUCGUUGUCUUCUGUAAAUACCGUCGCCCGUCGUCUGAAGUGUCUCACGUGUCUGUUCGGGGUGAUGUCCAGUGUCUCUGUGUGCGCAUGACUGUUGGUGCUCUCUGCCCACUGGGGUCCAGAGGCGCAGGGAGGGAGGUCGGUGGGCGAGGAGGCGGCCGCUCCACCACCAAGGCCCCUUUUCUGCUUCCUCUCAACCCUCUUGCCAAAGCCAUAGAACUCCCCGGAGGUGAGAAAGCAGACAAUACAACACAGAGGCUUUUCCCUGUUGCCGCACGGGAACACAAGAUCAAACGGGGCAUUGUUUCCUGGCAGAUUUCUCUGUCAUGUAGGAUUUGGUUUGUUCCUGUUGUUGUGUUUUUUUUUUGUUUUUUUUUGCACUGUACCUGUCAUCCGUUCCCAUGACAUCACACAGUUGUAGGUCUGUGCAAGAGUGCCAUCUAGAGGUGAAGGGGAGAUCACAUCGUUCAUGUCCCAUCACUGUGUGUGUGUGUGUCUGUGUGUGUGUGUGUCUCACUCUCUAAGCACUAUGGGGAUGUGACGUCAGGCUCUCAGAUAUUAAAUGUGGAUGAUUUUUAUGUGCACUGGGUAGAGCAGCACUCGAAACCGAAACACACAUGUAAAAACACUCGUCUGUUUAUAGGAACGGAUUUUCAUUCUCAGAAGAUUUAUCAAUUGUACAAUUUGAAAUCCCGUAGGUCACACUGGUGUUAUUCUUUUUUUUUUACCUGAAAGUAUAAUAAGUUUUAAAGUGUUGGUGGAAAUCUCCACAUUCACACAUGCACUCGUCACUGCUGUCGUGUUAAAACUGGAAAGUGUUUCAUGUUAUUUGUUCUCUGAGAAGAACUUUGUCUUUUCCAUCUUUUCCCCAAAUCAGUGGCUGCACGUCCCCAUCGUUGAAGCAGACUUUUAUUUUGAAGGGGAAGUCGAGUCCCAUGUUGUUUUUUUGUCAUGUAACUUUGUACAAAGCUAAUAAUCUACUAGACAAGCACAUACUACACAUACUUUGCAUGUGCAAUAUUUAAACAUGUAGACUAGAGAGAGACUUUCAGUUGAACUAUUUAUUAGAGGCCUAAUAAUUAUGAACCUGUAAAUAUGAAACUCUGUACAAAAGUCAAAGGAAUAAGCAUUGAUGCAAUAAAAGUGUUUUUUGUA